AUGAAGCAGCAUGCUGCAAAAACUGGGCCAGGGUACGCCACCCCACUGGACGCCAUGUCUGGUCCAAAAGAGGCUCUCAUCUAUGUCACUGCCGUUUACUCAGGAACCGGAAUACAGAAGCCUGAUUAUCUCGCCACAGUUGACGUAGAUCCAAGUUCUCCUACUUAUUCAAAAGUCAUCCACAGGCUGCCUGUGCCUUAUAUUGGUGAUGAACUGCAUCAUACGGGCUGGAACUCAUGCAGCUCUUGCUAUGGAGAUCCAUCUGCACAACGGCGUUUCUUGGUCCUACCUGGAUUGAUAUCUGGUCGUAUAUAUGCGAUAGACACAAAAACAAAUCCGAAGGCUCCCUCUUUGCAUAAAGUUGUUGAACCUGAAGAGAUUAUACAGAAGACUGGAUUGGCAUAUCCACAUACAUCCCAUUGCCUUGCUUCUGGCGAUUUAUUGGUUUCAUGCCUGGGAGAUAAAGAUGGAAGUGCUGCAGGAAGUGGAUUUCUUCUCCUUGACUCUGAGUUUAAUGUGAAGGGCAGGUGGGAGAAACCAGGGCACAGUCCACUUUUUGGCUAUGAUUUCUGGUACCAACCGCGACACAAGACAAUGAUAAGCACAUCAUGGGGUGCCCCUGCUGCUUUCACAAAAGGUUUUAACCCUCAGCAUGUCUCUGAUGGUCUCUAUGGGAGGCAUCUUCAUGUCUACAGUUGGCCUGAAGGGGAAUUGAAACAAACGUUGGAUCUUGGAAAUACAGGGCUCUUACCCUUGGAGAUAAGGUUCCUGCACGAUCCUUCUAAGGACACUGGAUUUGUUGGGUGUGCCUUGACAAGUAACAUAGUCCGGUUCUUCAAGACAGAAGAUGGCUCGUGGAGCCAUGAGGUUGCAAUAUCGGUGAAGUCAUUGAAGGUGCAGAACUGGAUUCUUCCAGAGAUGCCUGGGCUUAUAACUGAUUUUUUAAUCUCACUUGAUGAUCGUUUUCUAUACUUUGUGAACUGGCUUCAUGGAGAUGUGAGACAGUAUAACAUUGAGGACCCUAAAAAUCCUAAGCUGACAGGCCAAAUAUGGGUUGGGGGGCUAAUCCAAAAGGGAAGCCCAGUUGUGGCUGAGGCUGAAGAUGGUACAACAAGGCAAUUUGAUGUUCCAGAGAUCCAGGGAAAGAAGUUGAGAGGUGGACCACAGAUGAUCCAGUUAAGCUUGGACGGGAGGCGACUUUACAUCACCAAUUCGCUCUUCAGUACAUGGGAUCGCCAGUUUUACCCGGACCUUUUGGAGAAAGGAUCUCACAUAAUUCAGCUUGAUGUUAACACUGAGAAUGGCGGUCUUGCAGUAAACCCAAAUUUUUUCGUUGACUUUGGAGCUGAACCUGGUGGUCCCGCACUGGCUCAUGAAAUGAGAUACCCUGGUGGUGACUGCACUUCAGAUAUAUGGGUUUAA